ACAAGGGACGGUGUUCGCACCGCGCCUGCGCGCAGACAUCGUGGGUCGCCGGUGCUGACAUGGUGUCUGCGGCGAGAACGGCCGGGCUCCCUCGGUCGCUGUACCGCGUUUGCGCCGUUGCUUUCGUCUUGCAGUCCUGUUUGCUGCUGGGCCAGGUGGACGGCCUGCUUGAAGGCCUCUACUGUGGCGCUGUAUCCUGCUAUGAUGUGCUGGGCAUAUCCAGGGAAGCAACUAAGGGCGAAAUCGCCCGCGCCUACCGGCAACUAGCCCGACGUUAUCACCCCGAUCGCUAUCGGCCCAGCGAUGCAGAGGAGGAUCCCGAGAAAAAGUUCAUACUGAUCGCCACCGCCUACGAGACUCUGAAGGAUGAUGAGGCCAGGAAAGAUUAUGACUACAUGCUUGAUCAUCCUGAUGAAUUCUACAGACACUACUAUCACUAUUACAGGAGAAGGCUGGCACCCAAAGUGGACGUCAGGAUAGUUAUAAUCGUGACAGUCUGUGCCAUUUCACUCUUCCAGUACUACAGCUGGUGGAGCAGUUACACUGAAGCCAUUAAUUAUCUCACCACGGUGCCAAAGUAUAGAAUCCAGGCAACAGAAAUUGCUAAGCAGCAAGGUUUACUUAAUAAAACUAAAGAAAAAGGGAAAAACAGACGCACUAAAGAAGAAAUCAAAGAGGAAGAGGAGGAAAUCAUUAAAAACAUCAUCAAAAACAACAUUGAUAUUAAAGGAGGUUAUCAGAAACCAAGCUUAUAUGAUAUUCUCCUGUUCCAAAUAAUUUUGGCUCCUUAUUACAUAUGUAGGUACAUUAUCUGGUAUUGCAGAUGGAUCUAUCGUUUUCACAUUCUAAGAGAAGAAUAUGGAGAAGAAGAGAAGUUGUACAUUAUCCGAAGAAAUAUGAAUAUGUCACAAGGCCAGUUCGAUAGUCUUGAAGAUAAUCAAAAAGAGAUGUUCCUUGAGAAGAGACUGUGGUUAAAGGCAAACUUUGAGGUUUAUAAGCAGGAACAAGAGGAAGAACUUAAAAAGAAAGUAGCCUCAGAUCCACGGUGGAAACGAUAUCGUCGGUGGAUGAAAAAUGAGGGCCCUGGGAGAUUAACCUUCAUAGACGACUAAAUACCUCUGCCAUCUUGCUGUUGUUUAUAGUGUUCUUUUCUACAAAAGAGAUUCUAUUUUGAUAACAAUAUAUAAAUAUCUUUGAUUAAGUAACUCAGGAUGUAGUUAAUACAAUGGAUUAGCAGUCCUAAUACAACAUGAGCUCUUUCAGAAAAGGGGAGUGUUCUGAAAUAUUGGUGGGUAAUGCACUGAUAUUUAAUAAAGUCUCAUUACAUGAUUUUUGCUCAGAUUAUAUUUUUGAACUGGUAGAAUGGACAGUUUUUAUUUACAAGAAAAGUACUGUCUCCUUAUUUACUUAUAGAUGUAUUAAUAUAUAGGCAAGAUGAAAUUGCAUUAUCAUGACGGUUAAGUCAUUAAUUCUUGGUCAUUGUAGAAUUUGUAGUUGUAAAUUACAUAUUUUGAAAUACAAAAAAAGUCAAAAUGUGAAAUUUAAACAUUUAGUGGUUAUUAGCUUUCUGGAUGGAAUUUUACAUUAAAGAUGCUCCAGACAAAUAGCAAACAUCUUGAGGUGCCUGCAAUUUGUAUGUUAAUUUUUUGGCUGCACAAUUGCAUGCACAGCUCUGUAAACACAUGCUGGAAUUCAGUUUAUAUUGUAUUUAUUGCUUGUACUCCUGUUAUACAUUUUCUCAUUUUGAUGCAAUUAUUUUAUAUUUUUACUCCUGUAAAAUUAUGUUUGUUUUUACAUUUCCUUUGGCAAGAGUUUCUGCCUUUGGAGUAGCAGGAGUUCUAUCUUGGGAACAAGUCUGAUAAAAAUUUACUUUCUAAUUCAGUAGUGACUUGCUCUGAAUUGAACAUUUUCAGAAGGCAGUGGCUACUGUUUGAUACCCAGCUAUUAAAUUAGGUUUUUAUUUUGCUAGUAUUUAAUGUCUCUUUCAACCUGUUGAAGUAUUUUGAAGUGCAUCUUCUGUUUGUUUUAGAUGUACAUCCUCAGUUUGACAUUUCAGCUUAUUUUAUGAAUAUCAGAAUUGUGCUUUAGAAUAAGAUUGUGAGCUUUGUUAUGUGGCUUUGAUUGUAAAAAAAGUACAGAUAGCCUAAUUCAUAAACUCAAGCAUGGCUAAUCUAUUUUAUUUUUAUAAAGAAAAAGAAUUUAAUUCUGGCUGUGCUACAUAAAACUAAUACCUAUGAAUGCACCCUUGCAGUGAUAGUUUGAACAGUUAACCAUAAACUAGAAAACAUUUAAGAUUUUAUGAAUUUCUUAAAUAAUGCUUUCAGACACAUGGUCCAUCAAUAUGGAUUGAGUUUUUUUUGUAUGUAGGCUAAAUUGGAUGAGGGAGUAACAUUUUAUUCAGUUAUCUAUUCUAUAGCAUGUAACCUAAACAUUUUUCCAAAACCCAACAGUGUUAUGUUUUUCCAUUUAUCUAUAACUUUAUAGUUAUUUUGAAUACAAAAUGUCAGAAUCUUUGUAACUGAUAUUUCUUUUGUUAAUUCAGAAUCAAAGAAAUAGAAGCUUGAGAGUUUUUGCAACCAUUUAAAAAUCUGCAUUUUGUUUUCAUUUCAAUGCUUUAUUUGCAAUGAAAUUUUGUGUGCGAAUAUAUAUUCCAAAAAUAGCAGUUAUUUAUUCACUACAGUGAUUUUUUUUCCCCUUGGUCAACUAUCUCUUGGGUAUUAUUAAUAUAGUGCAUCCCAUGCAGUUCACAAAAUAUGUCCCAAUAGUUUUGUAGCUGAAAAUAAAAGUUCCUUGAGUGGUGACCUCAAGGCUGAUAUUUGAUUAUAGUAAAUAUUUUAUGGAUGUUUACUAAAGUAAAACAGCCUGAGACAAGGUGGACUCCAUAUAGUCAAGAGGUAGCCAGAUAAUUUGUCAGAGGUUGCUUCCAUGUCAUAGUUAAAUGGAAGCACUGCACUUCAUGGGAUAUUUUUAGUGGAUAAUUGGUAUAAGUAUAUGAGAAGGUGGUAGGUUCAAUCCCCAGUCUUUAUAGUAGCCUGAUAUCAACUGAAAUUUAUUACUGUCCAUCACCAUUGUGAUCCUGGACUUGAGAAAAGCACAUCAAGUAAGGUUUCUCUUGUGUUUAUUCAUUGUGCAUGAACAAUGGCCUCACCAAUUUUCAUCUUUCAACCAAUUGGUUUGUCAUUAUCAAAUUGAUGCUUAUGGAAACUGUAACAGCACUGCAAAAAAUACAAAAGUAAACAUUUUGAAUCUGGAGGUGCUUUCUAAAUUCAAGCUUUUGAGCCACAUAACAAGGUAUCAACGCUUUAAAGUGGAAGAGGGAAAUGAAACUAGUGUGUUAUGUUAAUAUCUUUAUAUUAAUAACAAAGUUUGUUCUGAGGUUGCAAUACUUACAGCAUGAUUGGGGAAAGUUUUCAAGUUGUGCCCUUGAGUAUUUGCUUGCUUUCUAUCUUUUUGUUGAAAUGAACAAUUUUAUAGCUAUUGCUAAUUUUUCCCAUGCUAUGUGAUUAUAAUCCUAAACAGGGUUCAGAUGUCCAUUUCAUGAGUUCAAAUUUGAAUCAUCCUCCUUCCUCCCUCAAAAUAUUUUCUGAAUGUUUUGAUUACAGAAUUACUACCGAAGUCUAUAAACGAAGAAGGAAAAGUGAUGUUUAUUUAAAAAUAUUUGAUAUACACUAUCCAAAGUUAAUUUUUCUGAUGGAAAAAUAAGGAAUCUUGAACUUAGAGUACACUAUUUAAAUAUGGUUAUAAAUAAAUUUAACUCAUUUUGUGCAAUGUUAUUGGUAUCAUACUUUGCAGUGUCUCUUGCACAAUUUUCAAUAUUACUACCUUCUGUGGAAGUAUUAAGAUUCAGGUGAAGCUUGCAAACAGUCCCUUCAAACAUCAACCACUCAUUUAAUGAGACAGCAGAGUGCAAAUUCUGUAGAAUGGAGCAAGUAAGGCAAGUUCUUGGAGGAGCUCACCGGGUCAGGUGGUAUCCAUGGGGGGAAAGGAACAGCAGACAUUUCAGGUUUUGACCCUGUAUCAAAUGCCAAUUAUCACUCUGACCUACUGAGUUCCUCCAGCAACUUGUCUUAUAACCCUUUGCAAUCCUAUUCAACUCUGCCCCCCCCCUCCCCACCCAACUCAAUACACAAGAGACAAUUUACAGCAGUCUGUUCACAGCCAUUGUGUCUGGAAGGAGACUCAAGGGUAUGGAAACUUAAAGGGAGAAUGUUAAAACUCCACACAGAUAGCAGUGGUGAUCGGGAUCAAACUAGGUUGCUGGGAUGGUAUUCCCUGUUCCACCCUAUGCGGAUUCCAUACCUAUCAAUACUUCUCUUUGGAACCACCCUCCCCUCCAAAAUAUUGAGUUUUUGGCUAAGUAUAUUCAAGUUGUUCCUGGAUAUAUGGAGGAACCCUUCAGAAUCACAUGGAAAGAAUAAGUUAAUUACAUGCAACCUUAUCUGUAUAAUAAUUUUAUUACCACUGGGGCAUAUUGUGUCUUUAAACAGGAAAUAGUGCUUGUUCUCUGCCCUUAACAUCAUCUUCCAGAUUCACAUGAACUCGGGCAAUCUCCUGACUCUGGAAUGGACCUCUUGUAGAACAAGAAUGAACUCUUGAUCUACCUUGUCAUAGUCCUUGAACUUUAUUAUCUACCUACACUGCCCUUUCUCUUAGCCAGUUCUAUUCUACAUUGUUUAUUAGGCUUUUGUACUGCAGUAUGGGAUUUUAGGAGUGGGGGGCAUGGUAUCAUAGCGGUUAGAUAAUGCUUUACAGCACCAGUGACCCAGGUUUAACUCUUGGUGCUGUCUGUGAGGGGUUUAUGCAUUCUCCCUGUGACCCUGUGGAUUUCUUCCCAAAGACGUAUGGGUUAAGUUAUUUGGUCACAUGGAUAUAAUUGGGCAGCGCAGACUUGUUAGAACAGAAGAGUUUGUUACUGUGAUCUAUCUCUAAAUAAAAUGAUCUGCAUGGAUUGUA